AUGUGUCAUAACAAUUUACAUUAUAAUAUAACACAUCUUCUCUUAAUAUUGGUAUUGUUCUUACCUACCGUUUUACUAUUUUCAAAAUUUACAAAUCUUCAUUGUGAAGAUCAUGAUUUGAAAUUUUCUCGAUUUGAAAAAUAUAAAUUAAAAGUUUUACGACGCGGUUUAGUGGUCAUGAAUAUUAAUGUCAAUUUGUAUCAGACUCCAGUAACAAAUAUAUCGAUAAAUGUUGGUCUCUAUAAACGAGCCAAUGGCUACCGUCCCUUCUUGUGGAAUAUUUCGCAAGAUGCUUGCCUUUUCUUUGCUCGACAAAAUCGUUUUCCUGUCUUAAAAUUUAUGUUGGGUUUAAUAACAGAACAUUCAAAUAUUAACCACACCUGCCCUUACAAUAUAAAUGUAGGAUUUUAUAAAAGAGCCAAUGGUUAUCGUCCCUUUCUAUGGAAUAUAACUGAAGAUGUUUGUCAGUUUUUUGAUCGUCGUAGUCGUUAUCCUGUUUUGAAAUUUGCUUUUAACUUUUUCUGGAAAUAUUCAAAUCUUAACCAAACAUGUCCGUUUAAUAUAAGUUGUUUAAAUUUAAAACAAGAUAUCAUUGUAAAGGAUUUAAUUUUAGAAGAUAAAUACUUUCAAAUGGCUAGAUUUCCUAUGGGUCAGUAUUUAUUUAAAAUGAAAGUUUUUGCCUAUAAUGAUUUAAAAGCCACCGUAUCGGUGUAUGUUUCUAUAACCGAAUGA